AGCAGCAGCGUUUUGUCAGCUGCGUCAACUUCAUAGGAUAACAGCUUAACCCGGGCUGUUAAUAAGCAGCUGCAAACUUUGACAUGGCUGAAGCGAGGACUUUAUUUUUAUGGCAUAAAGUUGGAAAACUUUAACAACAGGACUCAAAACGCGUUUUCCGUCUAUGACGAGCCCCAUGAAAGCAAGAGCCUUAUUGUCCUAGCUUGCUCGCUAACGUUAGUUAGCUAUUUGUUUGUUGAGUUGCCGACAUGGCUACCAGAGAGACAUGUCAGCGGCAAGCUUACAGGCGGCCGGCUCCCAGCAUAAAGCAGGAGCAAGAUGACGACUCUGACGUGGAGGAGACUCACAUGGGGUUACGGAGGGCGGACGGGCUGGAGUCCCAGAUCAUCCACAGUGGACACUUCAUGGUGUCGUCGCCGCACAGUGAGCACCCCCCGAAGAAGGGUUACGACUUCGACACUGUCAACAAACAGACAUGUCAGACCUAUCAUUUUGGCAAGACGAGCACGUCGCACCUCUCCAUAGACGCCUCUUUGACUAAACUUUUUGAGUGCAUGACCCUUGCUUAUAGCGGUAAGUUGGUGUCUCCUAAAUGGAAAAACUUUAAAGGUCUAAAACUGCUCUGGAGGGACAAGAUCCGUCUGAACAACGCCAUAUGGAGAGCCUGGUACAUGCAGUACGUGGAAAAAAGGGGGAAUCCCGUUUGUCACUUUGUAACCCCGCUAGAUGGAAAUAUCGAUUUGGACGUCCAUCGCCCUGCAGAGGCUAUUGCUUCAGACGGGAGAAACUGGAAAAGAAGAAUUGAAAUUGUGAUAAGAGAAUAUCACAAAUGGAGAACAUACUUCAAAAAAAGGCUACAGAAACACAAAGAUGACGACCUUUCCAGCUUACUUAAGGUGCCAGAGGAGCAGUUAUCGCUGUUUGGGGAAGUCUUUCCAGACAUGCUCCGUACUUCCUUUUAUCAGGAUGAAGAGGCUGCGGUGCGUCGAAUGAGUCGCAGGCAUAUUGAAACGCCUGCGCCCAUGGAGAUGGACACCCUCUUUGACAUGGACAUUCUGAUGUCCGAGUUCUCAGACACGUUGUUUUCCACACUGACCUCACACCAGCCUUUGGGCUUGCCCAAUCCAAGAGAAAUUGCUCAUGCAGGGAAUGCAGACAUGAUCCAACCUGGACUUAUCCCCUUACAGCCCAACCUGGACUUCAUGGACUCCUUCGAUCCACUGCAAGGUUGCGACUUAUUUCACAGCCUCCGUCAGCCUCUCCUUCCCUCUGUUUCCCCCACUGCAACAUCUGUCACCCCUCAACCCAGCAGCAGCUCCCAGUCUCAGGCCCCGUUAAUGUCAUCUUUGCAGCUUUCACCCAACCAGAUUACGCCUGCAGGCUCACUGUCCAUCCACAGCCAGACCAGUCAGACAGACAGCAGUGGCAGAGGAGCCUACGUACAUAGCUACAUGCCUUUGUUGGACGGGCAGAUGGUCUCCAGCAAUCAGUCCACAGCUUCCCUCAACCCUAUGUUACCCUGCCUCCCUGGUCAGAACUUAUCCUCCGCAUCAGCCAUAAUUUCCUCACCUUUAAACAGCGACUCAGUGCUGGAUGAAACUGUAGCCCCCUCUGUGAUAACGCACACAUCACCCUCCACCGUCACCCCGAGCAAUACAGCCAGCACCGUCAGCCACGUCUCAGCUCCUCCCAGCUCCCAACUCCAGCUCCUCGCGCCGCUGCCUGCCACGCCCAUCCAGCAUCCUCAGGUCUUCGCUCUACCUCGCCCCUUCCAGUCCAACAGUGCCAGCAAAGUCCGUCCUGUGCCGAGAAUCGCUCCUGCAAACACACUCCCUCCUUCCCAGUUCAUCCUCCCAGCCCCUUUUCCAGGUCAUGCUAAUGCUGUGAUUGUUACAUCUCCACCCUCCACCGGCGUGGUUAUCACCCCUUCCCACCUUGGAGCGAGCCCUGGGUUUCAGGUUCUGCCUCAUAACCAGAAGUCGUCGCAACCUGCCGUCCCCGAAGACAAGUCUUGCUUCAGGAAAAAUCAGAAAGAGCCCUCAAGUGUCGACAAUAAAGCAUGCCAAACGACCCGGUCCCUCCUUCUACUGAAGACGACUCUUGCAGGUCAAAGUCAGACCGGAUCCAGUCAAGGGUCACCUUGUGGUUUAGAUCAGGUUCCCAGUCCUCAAUCUAUAAUCAGCGGAAGCAGCAAACCUCUGAUAAAGAGUGAGCACAAUCAGAGCCGUCACAUAUCUGCUGAACAAAAGAGACGAUCAAAUAUCAACAUUGGCUUUAAGACGCUCGGCAACCUUGUUCCCACUCUGAAGUCACAAUCGAACAUUACAAAUGCAGUCACUCUACAGAAGACAGUGGAGCACAUUGGGAAGCUCCAGCAGGAGCGGCAGCAGCUGCAGGACGAGGUCAAGAGGCUACGGGAGGAAAUAGAGGAGCUCAAUGCUUCUAUUAGCUUGUGUCAGGAGCAGCUGCCUGCGACGGGUGUGCCGAUAAGGAAGAACCGCUCUGACCUCAUGCAGGAUAAGUUUAAUGAAUAUGUGAAGAGCCGCACUCUCCAGAACUGGAAGUUCUGGAUUUUCAGCAUCAUCAUCAAACCACUGUUUGAGUCGUUCAGUGGGAUGGUUUCAACAACGAGCAGAGAAGAGCUGUGUCACACCACGCUGCAGUGGCUCGACAAUCACUGCUCCCUUCCUGUCCUCCGACCCAUGGUGCUGAGUACACUCCGUCAGCUGUGCACUACCACCUCCAUCCUGAGCGAUCCCUCCCUGCUUCCUGCUGAAGCCCUCGAGGCUGCCGCGAGCAACGAUGCGUAGCCAUCCUCUCGGGAGUGGACGCGACCCAAAAGCCACUUGAACAUUUUUCAGCAUCAAAAACUGUUUUCCUGCAACAUCCAGGAAGCUCGCUGUGUCUUCCAGAGACUCACAAGUUCCCAGACGAAUUGGUGGAACAAGAACUGUGACAUGGGACGGGAUUACUGCUACGGCUUUACAUCUGGUCCGCUGCAUCAUGAGUGAUGGGAGAAAAACGCAUUAGAUGCCACCUUCACCUCCAGAGGUUACCUAAACACCUCAUUGGGAGCUGGUACUUGUGUUUUCAUUCUGCAUCAUAGAAAGUCGUUUUCUAAUACAAAGAUGCAGGAUAAGAAAGGGAAACGCUGAAUGAAUUUGCACCAGGAGGAAACUGACUUUUUUAUUUUUUCCAGAGAAAGCUGGAGUUUAAUUUGCAGCCGAUCACCAGUUCAUGUUGGGGUGCGCCCGCCUUGUGGGCAGCAGAGAUUUGAGUUUUCCAUCGCUCGUCGACUCAGGUGAACAUCACGCUGCCAGUGAUCUCUUCUUCUGCUCGUUUGGUAGUAGGCAUGGGCCGGUAUCAUAAUCUGUAAAAAUAUUAUGGUUUCGUCUUACCACCAAACACAAACUCACCAUCUUUAUUCACAAAACAGAACAGCAUCAGUUCUCCCUACUGCUACUACAUCAAUGCAUUAACUACGACCGUUAUAGUAAUACAUUUUCACUAUUGCUGAUUUGGAGUUCCAAAAAUAUAGAAUAAACACCAAUUUUGAUCAUAGUUGUCCAUAUAAGUAUUCUAUGUUUAUUUAUGUACCUUAACAUUUUAUAUAAGUUCUAUCUUUUUGUGAACAGAAAUGCCUCCAAAGAGCUAAAUGUGUCUUUUACAUACAAGGGGAAAAUUACAGCAAGCCUGUUUUUUUUUUUUUGUUUUGUUUUUUGUUAGCAAGCUGACCUGCAGUGUGCAGCAGCAGGUGGAAACAGGACAGCUCUGCAUCACUCGAUGCUUCACGCACCUUGAGAAACCUCAGGUUGCUCUUGCACUUCAUCCUGCUUGUUAAUAAAAUGACUAAGUUGCAGGAAAUGUAAAUUUUA